AUGCCAACCUUGCCCAAAACCUCAUCGUCUACUCCUUCCUUCUUCCGCACCUCAUACAAAAAGAAAUCAACAACUUCAAGUUGGAGAUCGUCCAGAUUCGCAUUUGGACGCAAGCUUGAACCAGUGGCGGAGGGCAGUCACGGUUUUGCUCCACCGAGAGCACAUCAUACAGCUACGCUUACUGCUCCUACGAGCACAUCAGACCGGUUGAGUUGUCUACUGGACAGCUUCAGUCGUUUUGCUCGGGACAAAUCCGACAUCUCAACAAUAGGUGAACACAUAUGCAAGAUGGUACUCAUUUUUAUUGGGAAAUCGGGUCGUACUAAAGCCGAGUGUGCGGAAUUUUCUGGUAUCAAGCCCAAGCAAUACGAACUGUUAGCAUACUUUCUCGAGGAGAGCAGGCUGAAAACAAGGUUAAGCUAUAUUGCCGAGGAAAAUAUCUUAAUAGUAGAGAUGCCAUCCGCUGUUCACGAAGCCCCAUUGGUCCCAUUUCACGCCGCAUUUAUAUGCUUCUUCCGGUCUAUUGACUUCAACCGUUUAUUACUAAAUGUUCGUGUUUUAUGCAAUACAGAGACGUCCUCGAACAACCCCAUCAUUCCGGAUUUAAGAGUUUCCAUCCAGGAUAUGACUAGCAUCACAAAGAAAGUCUAUGUCUCCGUUCUCAGGGAGACUGCUCUUUCACAAAAUCGGCGCACAUUAUUGAAGAAGUUCAGAAACACCAUAAAACUAAACCCUGGUUUAUUGAUGGCGAUCAUGGCCGAGGUUGACGAAAUCACCGGGUAUCGUUCGCCAAAGAAGAAGUCGUGUGCGAUGUCUAUGUUGCGGGAGACGUCGCCACGCUCAUCGGACAUUUUCAACAGCGCUACAGGCACACUGCCAGCCCUCGACAACCCGGUUAAGGUUGAGGGCCAUACUUGGUGCUCAAUACGGUCAAUUCGGUUUGAAGUAUGGGUGCAUGGGGUGGAGCCUAUCGACCUUGAUACAACGGACAGGAACUUGGUCGCGUGCGGGACUUUAUAUCCCGUAGAAGAUAUGAUUGCACUACACGCAAUGAUCCAGAAGGGCGUUUGGGCGAUCAGGGAGCAGCUCAUCAGUCUCUCUCAGGGAAUGAACCCUCACGUCGAUGCCAAUGCCAUGCGAGCACCCCCUUUCAUACUCGAUAACGAUGAAAUUGUCACGACAAUUGCGGGGGCUAUGUCCGAAACAGCUCAUCACCGCUACAUGGCAUGGUACAUGGAGCAGCGUGUAGUCGAACUCGCAAAGCGUGAUGCCCAUGCCGCGCAGAUUUACUCAAAGGAGCUUCCGGUCUUUCACAUGGUCCUUUGA